AGUUAAAACAGUAGCAGUAGCAGUUGCCAGAACAGAAAAACAACGCAUCUGUGCUGUUUUGUGAGACAGGAAAUACAGUGUACGUUGAACUGAUCUGCUUGAACGUGUCUGAGAAUUGUCCUAACGUGCUUGAAUUUGCCUUCCCCACUGAUAAGGUUGUUCACCAAGCAAAAUCCUUUUUUGUUUUUCGACCAUUGUUCCAGCACAUAUCGUGUCAUGUCGCUUAGCGGACAGAAGCGCGAGGGCCUCGGGGAGGACAUCGAGGAAGCCGAGGAAGCCUUCAUCGAUCUUGAAGACCCCGACGUGGACAUCCUCGAUGAGUCUGCCCUUCCCGUUGCAGAGUCGAGCGACGACGACGACGAUGAGGAGCGGGGCCCUGACACCGCCGCGGGGGAUGCCAGUGGAAACCCGCAGGAGAAUGAGGAAGCGCAGCAGGAGGCGGAGAUGGAGGACCUGAACGCCGCCCCUGACCACGAGCCGGAGCGUGACGACGCCUUCGCGACCUUCGAGGCACCGGAAAAGAAGCCGUUGCACACCAUCGCUGUCAGUCCGCAAGAUCCGACUAUAUUCGCGGCUGCCGGCGAGGGGGAGGAUAUUUACGUGCUGAGGGUCGAGGACAAAACCACGGAGCCGGUGCUGACGGCGACACUCAAAGGGCACAAGGACACCGUGAGUCUGCUCUCCUUCUCGCCCGACGGGUAUUGGUUGGCCAGCGGCAGCCUGGACUCCACCAUCGGCAUCUGGUCGGUGGGGUUUUGGAACCGCGUCUACUGGUUCACUGACCUCUACGGCGAGAUCAUGACGCUUCUGUGGCACCCGUCCAGCCGAAUCCUUGCGGCCGGUGCCGACGACACGCAGGCGGCCAUGUGGAACGUGGAUAAAGGCACCUUGGCGAUGUACUUUGUGGGCCACCGCGGCGCGGUUACCUGCACCGUGUGGUCGCCGCAGACCAAGAAAUUGAUCACGGGCAGCAGCGACGGCUCGGUGAGCAUCUUCGAUCCCAAGACGGGCGAGCAGGAGGUCCACAUUUCAAAGGACUUGAGCCCCGACAAGGCGGGUGUGACGGCGCUGCAGUUCGUCAACGACGACCAGUGCGUCGUCGGCUGCGAGGACGGCACAUUACACGUCAUUUCUCUCCGAAGUGCGAAGGCGGUGUCGCAUCUGGAGGAGUUGCAUGCGCAGGCAAUUGAGUCUCUCGCCAUGAGCGAGAAUUCGCUGCUGCUGCUGACUGCCAGCUGCGACACGCGGGUGAUUGUGUGGAACGUGGCGGACUUCACCCCCCGCACGAUCCUGGAGGUGGGCGAGAGCGUCAUCCCCGCGGUUUGGUUGAAGCCGUAUUUCGUAGCGGCUGGUUGCAGUGACGGCGAGGUUCGCGUGUGGGACGGUCGGUCGUCGGAACAGCAGCCGUUGUCGGUGCUGAUGGGGCACCGACGCAUGGUGCUCAGCCUCGCCACCACCCGAUCGGUGCUGGCGAGUGCAAGCGACGACGGCACAGCCAAGUUUUUCCGUUUCACCUCCACCUACGUGUGA